UUUAGGGCCAGAUCCCACUACCGUCUUGUAUACACGCUAUACUUCCGGCCAGAUACAGCCAAAAUAAGGGUGCGUUGUGUUCGGGGGAAGACGGUAGCCCCUAUUGUUCAUUUCUGGCCGUUGAUCUUCGUAAUCGAGGGUGAAAAAUGAAUAAUCCAGGGUAGUGCGAUCUGACCCUUGAGCAUCCUGUCGGCGCGAUGGAUUGCGUGGGAGCUAAUAGACAAUCAGCUAAACGACCCGCCUUCUUCUUCUCCGGGGCCGAGCGACGAGGAAAGGAAGACGAUGAGCCGCCAAGGUGGAGAAGGCCCCGACGGCAUGAUGAUGACGCUGUGCCUGUGAUUGAUUUCGUUACCUCGUUUAAGGGGAGUCUGUUGGAAAAAUGGCACAUAGUUCCGCUCCAGCUGGCCUACCUGAACAUGGAGUUGAGUGAUUGCAGGUGGCUGGAGGGGAGCAUGAUGCGCGAUGGGCUUCGGGCAUUUCUCGACCAGAGGAGAGCCGUUCAUCUGCUGGGAAGACGGGACUACCAAGGGUUUGCACGGGCGUUUGCUAACUACUUGUUCUCCUGUGAUGACACGUGUAAGCGGCUGAUGAGGAGUGAGGGCAAGAUCGAGGAAAUGAUGCACGCAUUCUUGUCGAGCAUCUUUCGGUCUCGGUCGUCGUCGUCCUCCUCCUGCUCCUCCCCCUCGUCGUCAUCAUCAGCGGCGGCGGUGGUCGGCCAUGAUGGGGGGAAAUACUACAAGGACGAUAACUGGGCUGCCGCAGCUGCUGCUGCCACGUGGCGCGGAUCUGACGCCGGGGGUGGUGCUGGGACCCUACGCAGUUGUCAUCGUCCUCGUCAUCGUCGUCCUCGUCGUCGUCGUCAUGGCCGUCACGUGGGCCGCGAUGUCCAUGUCGACAAUCGCGAUCCCGACAACACGGGGGCUCGCCACCGCGGCGAAAUCGCUUCGUCGGGUCGUCAACGGUCAACUGCCACCGUUCGCAAACCGCGAUCCCGAUCUGAUCGGGCUCGGGAUGGUGGUAAUGAUUUACUGGGUCGGGAUUACGACGAGGACGAGGAUGAUGCUCAGGUGCUCGAGGUCGCUAGGAGGAGCGAUCCCGAUCCCGAUCCCGCUGCCGCCGCCGCCGCUCCCGACAAUGCUUCCGUCGGGGCUGCAGAUGCUGACGUGGCGGCAUCGACCAGAGACGCGAACGACGAAUGUCGGGGGGGCGCUAGCCGCGCGAUCGAGUUGAGGAGGGAUGAUGAUGAUGAUGCAGAGCAGCAGCAGCAGGACGAGGGGGAGGAGGAGGGGGAGGAGGAGGAGGAGGAGGAGAAGGUGGGGGGCGGGGGUGUGGUGGAGGUGGUGGGAAUGAGAUGGAAGGAGGUGUUUGCCAAGCAGUUCGUGCGGUUCUGCAGAUCGGAGAACGCCGCCGAGCUGACGAAAUCUUUCGCGCGCUUCGGCAGCGAUAUUUGGCGGGAAAGCGAUGCCGCUCUCGCCGAGGUGAUGUACUGCUACGGCCGGGUCAUCGCCGACGAUGGGCAGUUCCGUCCCGAUCCCAACAGGUCUGUGGUCGAGCUGAUGGACUACGACGUGAUCGGUUGGGACGGAGAUCGCAUGUCGCUGCGAACGGUCUUCUUGCAGAUCAACGCCGACGAGUGGUAUGCCGUCGUGAUACGUGGCAGCCGCGACAAGGAGUCGCGUGUCUCGAUCGCGAUGGCCGGUCGCAAUACCGACCUGAGCGGCACCGUCGUGAAGCUGACCAAGUGGGACGUCAUCGACACGUCGUACAUGUCACACUUGUCACGCUCUCGUCGCACCCUGCCGCCGCCGCCGAAUCCGGCGGCAGCACAGCCCCCGUGCACUUUGGCUUUGGCGCGAAAUCCGGCGGUAGCAGAGCCCCCGUGCACUUUGGCGCCAAAUAAUCCGGCGGUAGCAGAGCUGCCGUGCACUUUGGCGCCAAAUAAUCCGGCGGCAGCAGAGCCGCCGUGCACUUUGGCGCCAAAUAAUCCGUCGUCGUCGGGACCCCCGUGCCGCGACAACACAUACGUCCGAGAUAACACAUUUGUCGUUCCAAGCGGAGUUGAUGAGCAGUACUCGCUCAGCAAAGACGAGCCGUUCUUCUCUACUGACGGCCGAUUCGAGACGUCGAUUUCCCGCGUGAAAGCUCUGCGAUAUGAUAACGGGAAUCUGAGUGCCGUGAAGGUGGAUCGAUCCAAAGAGUCGGAGGUUGCAGUGAUCAUUCACCUGGCGGCGUCAUUGAUUAAUCUCCCGCGGUCCACGUCAGAUUUCGAUGAUUGCGUCAUCAAGCACGGAAUGCGACUGCGCUCUCUGCGCGAUGCCAAGGAGAUUCUCUGCACACAGUUCAUGCGCGUCUUCCGCGGCUCGAUCUGGGCACGCCUGCCGUCGGAUCUGGUCAUGCGUAUCGUCGACUUUCUACCGCACAGACGUUUUCUGAUUCGACCUGCAGAAGGGAGCCCCAAUUUUCAUCCAUCAGCGCAGCGCUACACGUGACGGACGAGGAAGGCGCAGCUGAAGAGGAAGAGAAAGGGGGAGGGAGGGAUGCGCGGUUGUGGGUGGUGAUUUUCCCCCCCCGCAGCAGGCAAGAACAUGCAAAUGUCCAUUCAAUUGUGUUUGUUAUAGUUUUUUUUUUUUCAAUUCUAUUCUUUUUCUGUUUACUUGUUUGUUUGUUUGUUUGUCUGUUUGUUCGUUUGUUUGUUUGUUUGUUUGUUAGGUUCCUGAUUUUUCUCGUUUUUUUUUGUUGUUGUUGUUGUUGUUCUUCUUCUUUGUAAUCUUGUUUCUCACCGACUUCAGGGCAUACUCACGCUAGCACUCUUUUACUCG